AACACUGUGUUCUCCGACCUUGUGAGUCUUGUGAAAACGGGACGAGUACAUGUAGGCUUAGGAUGUCUCUUCGAAGCUUCCUCUUUGCUGCUGAAUCAAUCCUUAGGAGGUUGGAAGUUGGGAAGCGGGGCUCUUAGAUUUUUUCCUGGAGCGUGGAUAAACCUAAGGCGGUGGUAGUCUAAACCGAGGAUGAGAGCCAAGGGACUGGCAGCAAACCCUCCUGUCCAGACGCAGACCAACUGAAGGAAUAUAGGACCACGUCAAUCUAGUGGGAAAGGUGAACAGUCUAUAUUAGAAACUAUGAGGAAACCAAGUGCGAAAGGAAAAAGAGGGGAGAAAAUGAAGAAUCACAUCUGUCCGCACUGUAAGUACUGUACGGGAAAUGCGGCAAAUUUGAGAGAUCACAUCAGGACUCAUACUGGUGAGAGACCAUACAAGUGCCAGCAUUGUGACUAUUCUACAACAUACAAGGCGCAUCUGAAGCGCCACAUCGCGGCGAAACACAGUAACUACAGGCCGCACAAAUGUCCAACAUGUGAUUUUACCGCGGUGGACAAAACCUGUUUGAAAAAUCACGUAGCUAAGCACAGCAGUGAGAAACCUUACAAAUCUGAUAUCUGUGGGUACAGUGCAACACAACUGUCAUAUCUAAACCGUCACAUGGCUAAACAUUCUGGUAAGAAAACACACACGUGUGACAUUUGUGGUUAUAGUACCGCACACCUGACAAAUUUGAAACGUCACAUGGCUAAACACACCGGUGAGAGACCUUACACAUGUGACGUUUGUGGGUAUGGUACAGUACAACUGUCGAAUUUGAAACGGCACAUUAUUGGCCAACACUCUAGCGAGAAGUCAUACAAGUGUGGAGUUUGCCGUUACGUUACUUCACGAAUGUGUGAUUUAAAGAAGCAUACCGAAAUAUGUGGUAAUGGCACUUUGCGAAUGUCUGAUGUAAAGCAGGACAUAGCCAAACACACUGAUGAGAAACCUUACAAAUGUGACAUUUGUGGGUUCGGUUCAGCACAGAAGUCAAAUUUGAAACAGCACAUCAUGACCAAACACUCUAGUGACAAACCUUACACUUGUGACGUCUGUGGGUUCGGUGCAACACAAGUUUCAAAAUUGAAAAGGCACAUGGCUAAACACUCUGGUGAGAAACUUUACAAAUGUGACAUUUGCGGGUACGGUACCGCACACACGUCAAAUUUGAAACGGCACAUCAUGGCCAAACACACCGAUGAGAAACCUUUCAAGUGCGAUAUUUGUGGGUACUGUACAGCAAUAAAGUCAAAUUUGGAACAGCACGUCAUGGCCAUACACACUGCAGGUGAGAAACCUUACAAAUGUGACAUUUGUGGGUACGGUGCAGCACAUGUGUCAACUUUGAAACGUCACAUGGCUAAACACACUGGAGGACCUUACAAAUGUGAAUUGUACGGCUAUGCCACUUCACGAAUGUUUGAUUUGAAGAAACACAUAGCAACACAUACUGGAGAGAAAACGUACAAAUGUGAUAUUUGUGGGUACUGUACAGCACUUAUGUCAAAUCUGAAACGACACAUUAUGGACAAACACUCUGCCGAGAAGUCAUACAAGUGUGACACUUGUGGCUAUGCCACUUCUCGAAUGUCUGAUUUAGAGAAGCACAUAGCCAAACAUACUGUCGAGAAACCUUUUAAAUGUGAUAUCUGUGGGUACGGUACAGUGGAAAUGUCACAUUUGAAACGGCACAUUAGGGCCAAACACACUGGUAAGAAACCUUACAAAUGUGACAUAUGCGGGUACGGUGCAGCACAUCUGUCAAAUUUAAAGCUUCACAUUAUAGACAAACACUCUGAAGAGAAGCCUUAUAAUUGUGAAGUUUGCGGUUAUGGCACUUCGCGAAUGUCUGAUUUAAAAAAGCACAUCGCCAUACACACUCGUGAGACACCUUACAAAUGUGACCUUUGUGGGUUUGGUGCAGCACAGAGGACACAUUUCAAACGGCACAUGGCUAAACACAAUGGUGAGAAACGUUAGAAUUGAGACAAUUAUGUUAGUUGUACCAUACACAUGACACAUUUGAAACGUAAAAUGGCUAAACACGCUAGUGAAAAACCUUACAAAUGUGACAUCUGUGGGUACGUCACAGUGCAAAUGUCAAAUUUGAAACACUUUGCCGAGAGGUCCUACAAAUGUGACACUUUCGGUAAUGUCACUUCGCGAAUGUCUGAUUUAAAGACACACUAUGACCUCAAAACUGUAAAGUGUGAAGAUGUGUGUCCAUAUAUGCAGCUUCGAGAAUGUUUGAUUCACUGCUGUCAGCUUGUCAUGAUAUGAUGUCACUGUAGUUACAGUACCCAAUAGGCUAUUCGUCAAUUGUACAACAGAUUUUUAGAGACUUAGUAACAUAGGCAUUUGUAGAUUUGACAAUUCUCACAAUGCUAUGAUAUGCAAAUGCUUAAAAGCCUGUAUGUUACGCCGAAGGGUGAUUAUUCAUUAAUUAUACCGGCUAUAUAUUAAAUACGUAUGUUAUCCCAUAUUGUUUACAUUGUAGAAUUCUGAAGUUUGUUGUAGAACAUGCGAAAGCCUUUGUACAUUUUGUUGUGUCAUAAAAAUACAUGUUUACUUGUUUGGAUAAUGGCUUUGAUCCAACAGUUUGUAAUUUAUGGAAUGAAUGAAACGAAUGCGACUCAUUUAUAAUGUCCUUUUGCCGAAGAUUAAGAAAAAUUGACAAUUAAAGGUUAUCAUAUACUACACUUUGUGAUUGUGAUUUGUUUAUCAUAUCAGAAGCAGGGUAAAUAGUUCAUUUCAUGUAUGCGAACUUCAAUGUGUAUUUUUUGUGACAUACUGCACUUAACCGCUGGGGGCGCUGUAAACCCAGUGCGUCUCGUGAAAGUUGCUAAGCACUGGAGGACCCGAAAAAGCUACCCCGGUCUUUAUCUACUUCAAGGUAUUUCCAUAAAACAUCCAUUCAUCCACACGGCGGGUGUCACGGAGGUUGAUAAGUACUUGAGGGUCUUU